ACCUAUAUAUAUAUAAAACUUCCAUUUCUUGAUUACAAGUAUAUAGUAUACCCAGGUAAGUAGGGGUUCAUGAAAUUUAACCUCGCUUAAAUAGGCCGUGUCCCAAUCGAGCAGGUGAUCGAAAACGAAAGGCGACAUCGUAUUGCUGACGUAUAAGGAUGCCACCUCCGGUAGGUAAAUAAAUAAAAUCGGUUGCGACUUUCACCGAUUAAUAAUCAACCGCGGACCGCAGACUUCAUCCCCGGAUUACAUCAAUGUGCCUUAUCCUCGCAUAUUAUCAUCAUUUUUUCUAGUUUUGGUUCCGCGGGUUGGAAUCGGGAAUCCCAAGCAGGCGGUGAGGAGAACCCCUAGAUAAAUAGGGUUAAAACCGUGAACGGCCGCAACGUAGGAGAGAAAGGAUAAGUUGGGAGCCGCAAGCAACGGUGCCGAAAGCUACUAUGGAAAAAGAAAAGGGCAGCGAAAAUGAUAGUAGCACGGGCUCGCAGAUUGGGACGGAGAUCUUUGAGGGUUCCGUGGACCGUACGGAAGAUGCGGAUAUGAAGUCUCCUCAAGUGACAGCGACGCCGCUGGCGGAGCCGAAGACUUCUGAUGUUCCGGACGGCGGCCUAGUAGCAUGGCUCCAAGUCCUCGGGGCCUUCGUCAUCAUGCUCGCGAGCUGGGGCCUCAUCAACUCGUUCGGCGUGUACCAGACGUACUACGAGACCGAUCUCCUCCGGUCCAGCACAUCCUCUGACAUCAGCUGGAUCGGCUCCUUGCAGGGUGCCCUCCUCAACAUGGGCGGUUUGGUAUCCGGCCCGCUGUUCGACGCGGGCCACUUCCGCGCGCUGACCAUCUCGGGCUCGGCCCUCGUUGUGCUUGGCUUGUUCAUGACGUCCUUGUGCGAGACGUACUGGCAGGUCUUGCUGGCGCAGGGUGUUGCGGUUGGAGUUGGGUGCGGGUUGUUGUUUCUCCCGUCUGCGGCGAUAUUGAGCCAGUAUUUUGCGCGAAGACGCGCGCUGGCGCUGGGUUUGCAGUCUUCGGGCUCGCCGGUCGGGGGUAUUGUCUUUUCGAUCCUGUUUAGUAGGUUGCAGCCGCGGAUUGGGUUUGGAUGGGCGACGCGCGUGUUGGCGUUUAUUCUGCUGGGGCUGCUUGUCGUGCCGCUGGUUUGUAUGCGUCCGCGUGUCGCGCCACCUCGGCAUAAACGAGCCUUCUUCGACCGCGACGCUAUACGGGAUGUGCCGUUCAUGAGCUUUGCGAUUUCGGCCCUGCCGUCAUUCAUGGGAAUGUACGUGCCAUUUUUCUAUUUGCAGCUGUUCGCGUUACGGCGCGGUACCGCGAGCGCCGACCUGGCUGCGUAUCUGGUUACUUUGCUUAACGCCGGGAGCGUCUUCGGGCGCAUCUUGCCGAAUUUCGUUGCCGAUUACUUGGGUUCGAUGAACAUGCUAGCCGCAAUGACACUCGGCGCUGGUAUCCUUGCCUUUAGCUGGCUCGGCGUGCAUGAUCUCGGAGGAACGAUUACGUUCGCGGUACUCUUUGGGUUUUUUAAUGGGGGAGUUGCAAGCUUGCCUCCUAGUGCUAUCGUGACCCUUACGCCGGAUCUGGGCCGCCUUGGUACUCGUAUGGGCAUGUUGUUCGCAUUCAUCGGAAUAGCAGUAUUGGUGGGAACGCCAAUCGCGGGUGCGAUUUUGAAAGAUGUGGAUGAUGACGGAGCUUGGAAGGGAUUGAUUGUAUAUUGUGCUACGACGGUGUUUAUAGGGGGGCUCGGGUUUGUAGGUACGCAGGUCCUGCAUUUGAGGAGAGUGAGAAAUACCAAGGUGUGAUUCGAGAGGUUGUGUUAUGUAGCUGAGGUAUGGAUGAAUAGGGGUAAUAUAUAUCUGUAUUUGAAUAUAUAAAUAUUAUGACUAAUUAUGGUAA